CCGAAGCUCAGCACAGGGGGCGGUGUAGCGGCUACCGGCUGGACGAAGAGCGCAGGCCGGGUGCAGGGGGCCUCCGAGCGGUAUCCUGUCCCGGGAGGCAGUCGCGUAAGGCGUGGGGACGCGGGGGACUCGAGCGCGCAUUGGCGACAGGCAGGCGGGCGAGCCCACGGCACCGCGCCCCCCGUGUCCCCGCCCCCGCGCUGCGGAGAAUGGGCACCUCGGGCCGCGGGGCGCAGCCGGAGAAUAAACCCCAAUGAUCANGGGCUGAGUCCGCGCCACCACCAUGUCCGUGGCCUUCGCGUCGGCGCGGCCGAGAGGCAAAGGGGAGGUCACUCAGCAGACCAUCCAGAAGAUGCUGGAUGAGAACCACCACCUGAUCCAAUGCAUCCUGGANUACCAGAGCAAGGGCAAGACAGCNGAGUGCACGCAGUACCAGCAGAUCCUGCAUCGGAACCUGGUCUACCUAGCCACCAUAGCAGACUCCAAUCAGAACAUGCAGUCCCUGCUUCCCGCGCCUCCAACACAGAACAUGAACCUCGGGCCUGGAGCACUGAGUCAGAGUGGUUCCAGCCAGGGCCUGCACCCCCAGGGCAGCCUCAGCGAUACCGUCAGCACAGGCCUGCCCCCUGCCUCCCUCAUGCAGGGCCAGAUCGGUAACGGUCCAAACCACGUGUCCAUGCAGCAGACGGCUCAGAGCACACUGCCNACAACCUCCAUGAGCUUGUCAGGCAGUGGCCAUGGUACUGGCCCUGGGUACAGCCACUCUGGACCUACCUCACAGAGUGUCCCCAUGCAAGGCCAAGGUGCCAUCAGCAACUAUGUGUCUCGGACCAACAUCAACAUGCAGUCCAACCCAGUCUCCAUGAUGCACCAGCAGGCAGCCACGUCCCACUACAACUCAGCACAGGGUGGAAGCCAGCAUUACCAGGGCCAGGCACCCAUUGCCAUGAUGGGCCAGGGUGGCCAAGGAGGCAGCAUGAUGGGGCAGCGGCCCAUGGCGCCCUACAGACCCUCCCAGCAAGGCUCUUCCCAGCAGUACCUGGGCCAAGAGGAGUACUACAGCGAACAGUACAGCCACAGCCAGGGCUCCGCAGAGCCCAUGAGUCAACAGUACUACCCAGAUGUCCCAAGUCCUCACAGGACUCUCACAGAUGGCAAGCUGGGUUGUGACACUAUUGUAGCACAGGCUGUACCCACCAAAGGACGGCUGCCUGGUGCCUGGAUGUUCACAGGCAUGGUUGGUCUCACCGCCUCUGCUGUCUUCACAGGUCCUGCCCAGGGAGCCCCCUCACAGUACUCAAGCUACCAGCAAGGACAAGGUCAGCAGUAUGGAAGUUACAGAACAUCGCAGACAGGACCUUCUGCCCAGCAGCAGCGGCCUUACGGCUAUGAACAGGGCCAGUAUGGAAAUUACCAGCAAUAAAGAACAAGCAUUGUCUUUGGACCCAUCAUAGUAGUAUGUUCUGGACGAGCCGGUGGCACUUCUGAUGAGUAGCGACAUGUUGGUCACCCUCUCUGCCCAGUGCCGUGUCUGCAUGAGAGGCAGGCUCGUUUCAUGCUGGGUGUGAUGCCGUGUGCACCACUGGCUGCGAUGGCGUGACAUGUUUGGUGCUGUGUAAAGUAUUGUAUAUCNGUACGAUGGGGAGGUUGUCCUGUUUGUGUCCCCCGCCCCCUCCCUGAUGUUCUUAGCUAGCUUGGGGGGUGGUCACCGUGUCAUCACAUGUUCUGUGCCUGGUGAUGAGACAAUGUCUAAGAGACAUCAUGGUCCAUGCUGCUGUGAACAGACUCAGUCUGCCCCCUCUCAUACCAUUGUUGCAAAGUGGACUGUAAAUGUUUCUUCAACUGGCGGCUCAUAGCUUGACAUACAUACACCGCUAGGUGACCAUCUCUUCUGUGCCUAAGUAGGGCUUGAGGACACCUUCUGUGUCUUGGGUCAUGUCACUAUAACAAGGAAGAUGUGCUUUGUGUGCAAGGACCAUGAGCUGUCCUUUCCAGAACUUACCAAUUGCCUGUGUCUCUCCAGUUUCCAUGAUCCCAAAGUAUGUCUUUGUAUUAGCGAGUGAAGAAGGAUCGAUGACUGUAUUCCAAAUGACAGUCCGUGAGGGUGUGGGCAGCGUGAGGGGAGCCUUCACUAAGGAGGGCGGUGUCUGAAGAGCAAUUCUUGCUGUCUCCCAGCUGCUUGUGUGUAGUAUGGCUUUGGCCCUUGGCAUCAUCUCUAGGAUUUGAGUGUGCCCAAACCUAAGUUUAUAGAGAAUUUAAAGUACUCAUGUUUAAUUUUACAAGCAGUUGGCAAGUGUUUAUAUUCCUUCUUCNGGACCUCUGAGUUCAGAUUGCCAAGCAGAUGUUCCUUUGCAUUUAGGGAAGUCUGAAAUCCACACUGCAUUUUUAAUGAAUCCAAAUAACUUUAUUACGUUCUUUAGAAUGAAAAGGGCAAGUUUUAUACAGUGAGGAUUGGGUGGUUUUUUGUUUUUUUUUUUUUUUUAACAUUCCUAGGAUGUUUAAUCUCGUUUUAAUUCUGUGCAAACAUGAGAGACAGCCUUUUUGAAAAGGUUCUGUCAAUGGAAAACACCGCAUAUAAUGCAGCAGGCAUAUUUCUCAGCAUUUAUUUGGAUAAUAACAAUGUUACUGUGAGAAGAAAAGAACAACCUUGAAGAUGAGUGCUAAGAACAACCAGGAACAUACAAAACCAUCCCCAAGGAUGCAGGGCUUGGUGCAUCAGGCCUGUCCACCAGGAUGCUUUUGCUUUAUUUGUGUCUUAUAUGUAGCCCAGACUGGCCUCAAACUCACUACAUAGCUGAGGCUGAACUUAAUGAUCCCCCAGCCUCCACUCCCGGGUACUGAGACCACGGACAUGCACCACCACACCUGUUUUCAGCUGAUAGUUUUUAAAAUAUAAAACUUACCUGUAGCUCAGUAGUAAGGCACCUUUGUGGGGUUUGCUUGAAUUAAUCUUGACAGUCUUGCUGGAACUUACAGUGCCAGCUCCAUUUACUUACAGGAGAGUCAAGGGCCGGAUCAAAGGACUGGUCUGUAUUGGCUGCCGUCUUAACUCUAGGACAUUCUCCCUCUCCUGUGGGACCGUUAUCAACAACCAUGGGCAUAUCUGUCUCAUAGGCACAGGGUUUAGGAAACACACAGGCAAGGGCUGACUACAUGACGGCUUUAACUUUACAGAAACAAGUUUCUGAUCGCUACGUGGCAGAAGUAUUAGCAACUUCAUUUUAGGGACUCGUCAUCUCUUUAGCUCCUUUCCUUUCUGUCAAUUUUUAUAAAAACUAGCCUACAAGCUCACUUGGGGGCUAAAUAUCCCAUUGAAAAUGUCGAAACAUUUUAAGUAACUGUGAAAAUGGUUUUUAUUCCUUGCCAAUCUGGGAAUAUGCCUUUUAUGUAUGCAUACAUGUGCAAGUGUGUACGUGUGUGUGUGUGUGUGUGUAUAUAUAUGUAUGUGUGUGUAUGUAUGUGUGUGUAUAUAUAUGUGUGUGUAUGUUAAAGUGCUGUAUUAGUGUGUAUGUGUGUGUGUAUAUGUAAAGUGCUGUGUUAGUACGUGUUAAUGCUUUUUGAAAGAACACUUAAAAUAUGUAUCACCCCAAAAGUUCAAUUUGAAAUGUCUUACAUUAAGAAUUUCUUGAAUGUUGUGUAUAUAUUUUUAAAAGCACUUUGUGAAAUAGUUUGUACAUUUAUUUCCUAAUUUAUACCUGAUUUUGGUGUUAAUAUAUUUAAUGAUUAAUAAUAUUGUUUAUUUAAUGUUUUGUUGAUUUUUAUGUAAUUUUGUGGGGGAAAGUGAUGCCAGUCUUUUUCAUUGCCUGUACUAUAGCUUUUCUUCUGUAACAUGAAUGUUUGAAAAGUCCUAGGCUGAAAUGAACCCUUCGUGCAGGUGUGGUUGACUGUGUUUUGUUUUCAAUGGCUCCUCCUACUGAAGGCCAGAAAAGAUGCAAAGGGAGAUUUGGAAAUCGCUGCUCAUUCUUCCUCCUGUUUCCCAGCAUCCGUUCAAUACUUGGUGAACUUGACCACUGAGGACUGGGGUUUUCAGAUGUGCUGACCACUACCCGCUGCGCUUGUCAGGGGCUAUGGGUGGAUGGACAUCUUUGCAGACUUAGCAUAUAGCACAGUGGGAGAUGGGAGAUGUCUGCAGAGGCACUGGGCAGACACAGGUCUGGCCCAGAAAGGAGGUGUCUUCCUUUCCUGUUNUACCAGUUUUCAGACGUGGGCUUCAGUGACUGAGUGUCCAUUCAAACUUGUAAAANGAGGAAGACUUUCCAUUUCCAUUAAAACACUUUUUUAGCCAUUA